CUGACUUCAGUAUUACCGUGUCCGCGCCAAACAGCAAACCGCACAACACAACACCACACGCACACGCUAUGAGCAGCGGCAGCAGUAGCGACGAUGAACGUGACCUCACAGUGUCGCUGAACAAGCACAAGGCUGCUCAUGACGACAGCAGCAGCGACGAAGACGAGGUUGACGAUGACAUUGCUGCCUUGUUGAGAGACGACGACGAUGACGGCCGCGCUGACAAGGAAAACAGUGAUGAUGAUGGUGAUGACGAUGACCUUCUGCCCACGGGGCUCCUUCCAAGCACUGAAACGGCCCAGCAGGGGGCAAGUGGCAAGGAGGAUGUUGAAGAUGCGGCGAAUGAGGACGAAGAGGAACAGGGUACGAACGACGAUGACCAGCAGCAGCAGCCGACACAAGACACGUCAGACUCCGACAUCAGCAGCACCCACUCAUCACCGAGGAAGCGGCCGUCGGCGCGGCGUCGGGCGGUCCACCGGCAGCAAAUGGCGAAACUGCGGCGGCAAAUCGAGGCAGCACGGCGGUCAUCGUCGCGCCCGAGUCGCAACAGCAGUUCAUCUUCGCUGCUGUCACUGCUCAAGAAUCACACGUACUCAGAACAGCUUAGGGCUGAGCGCGAACAGUUCGACAAGCGCUUCGAGGAGCUGCUCAAGCAAGAUGCAGACAAACAAUCACGAGAAGCAGCAACGGGAACGAACACGUACGCUGACAGCGAAGCCAGCGAGCUCAUCAGCACUGACCUCCUCAAAGCGCUGGAUUGCAUCGACACUCCCAACGACCAUCCCGGCUUCCCCGUGUUCUUCACCGCGCAACCGCCACACACGCGCAGCCACCACGCAACCCCGCCAACGCCAGACAACCACGACUGGAUCUGCGAGGCAGUUCGAGGAGAGACGGUGAAGGUGGAGUGGCAGGCGACAAUCAGCGAUGACACGACUGCGCCACAUUAUGGCAGCCACCACGCGCACACGUACGACAGCACAUACCCGGGCGCAACAUCCCAGGAUGACGAUGAUGACGAUGAUGAUGAUGGUAGUGGUGGUGGCCGUGUCAGCGGGAACAUGGACGAGGGCCUGCAAGGCGACGGCGAUUUGAGUGGACAGACGAGUGAGCAGAAGAAUGGUGGCGACAGGAGGAGAACAAGUACAGCGAUGGCCGAGGGGGCGUGGCCAGACAUCCGAUACAGCCUGUCACCAUUGGUGACGUCGCUGGUGACAGAGCACGUCAUGACUGCGCACUACUUGCAUCAUGUCAUGCCCAAGGAUUUGGCGGCGUGGCUCUUUGCUGUGUUGCCUCGUGCAUGUGACAGCGUUUCCACAGGCAUUGCACGCACUCUCACUACCCUCAUGCACCAGCACUCUGAGGAGUCGUCGCUCGGGUGCAUCUGGCGGCCGGGUCCGCUCGACAUUGCGCAGGCGCUGGCGAGCGUCGGCGUUGAUGUCGAUGAUGUAUCUGCCGUUGUCACACCGUCACCGUCGCAGCGCUCACAGCGAACAACGCUGUCGUCCCUGUCACCGCCAUCACCACCACCAUCCGCACCGUCCUCGUCAUCAUCGACGUUGUCGCCGUCAGCGAAAGGGAAGGGCGCAAGAGAACAGCCCUCAUGUCUUGCGCUCGCACCACCUCCAACACGCACGCGUUCGCUUCCAUUCCAGCGCAUGCACAACGUGCUCUCUGUGUUGUCCUCAUCCUUCACUGCUGGUCUGCAUUCCGCGUUCGCCACGCAAUAUACGCAAGCAAAGCGGCUUGCGUAUGUGCUGUGCUUGAUGACACUGGACAAGCGUGUCCUGGCACUCCUUCCACCUCUCUCAACAUGCAUUUCAUCAUUCCUCGAAGCCCUGCCCAAACCUUUUGCCGAACGCAUUGUUGGUGACCUCGCUCGCCGUAUCGCCACAACGUGGAACCACCACAACAUCCGCUUCUUCCUCACUCUUCUUCCUCCAACACCCGUCUGCAGGAGCUUGAAACUUACGCUGGCGAGCAAUACAACCACACAUGUUGUCAACUGCGUGAGCAAAACUGCACCAGCGGAACUGUUGCAUGCAGCGCCCAUCCCCGACUUUGAGGCAAUUUUACAGCAGGCCAGUGCAGACGUACAGCGUGUGGUCAUUAGCGACAAGUCAAACUUCAACCUUCUCAUCACCGUCAUGGCGUGUGUGGACGUGUGCAUCUCAAACAUGAAGGCCGUAGCACAACAGCGCCAGCACCUGCACAGCAUACGCCGCCGCCUCAAUGCCGCCGGGCGCGUGAAUGAGCAUCAAGGGCGGUACCUGGACAGGGCCAAGUUCAAGUGGGCCGCGCUGUGGCUCGGGCGCAAGAUUGAGACGAUGACGCGUGUCAGAUCAAAUCUCACCCAGAUCAGGGUGGACGAGUUUGUGCAGCGAGGUGGAGGCAGCGAUGACGACGAUGAUGAUGAUAGUGGUGGUGAUGGUGGUGAUGGUGGUGAUGGUGAUGAUGAUGAUGAUGAUGAUGAUGAUGAUGAUGAUGAUGAUGAUGAUGAUGAUGAUGAUGGUGAUGGUGGUGGUGGUGGUGGACAAGGAGGCGAGCGCCAUGAUCACGCCAGUCGCUGCGGGGAUGGGAGCGAUGGAAGCAAAGACAUGCCAGAGGGUAAGCCGACAGAGAACAACUCGGAAGCAGCCGCGGAACAAAAGGGGUCGCAUGGGGAGGAGGGGCGGGAAGCGUGUGCCGAGAUGGGCGGAGGAGGCGAACAGAUGACGGUACGGCCACACAUCGCGGACAAAACAGCGGAUGGCGAACAACCCGCCAAGGAACCAGUCGCACCACAUCGACAGCAGCAGCAGCAGCAGCAGCAGCAGCAGCAGCAGCAGCAGCAGCAGCAGCAGCAUGUGGGGAACAGCCUCCAAGCAAAUACACGGUCUGCCAAGCGCUCGCCUUCAAAAACAUCCCCGAGCCAGGCCGGCAAGCGGAAACAGCAAAAGCGGAAGCAAGGAGCGAAAGACAGCCAACGCCCGCUCACACACUACCUGUCCAACAACAGCCACAGCAGCGGUCAGCCCAGCGCCAAAGCUGCCAAGCUUAAUGCUGGGGGUGAGGACGAGAAAAAGUGUUCUCUGUCGUAGAUGACAGAUGUUGCCUUCUGGUUUCGUGUUGUAGGUGGGUUGGUUGGAUGACCUGACAUGACAUUGCAUUGUUACACGAGCACUGAGUGAGUGAGUGAGUGUGUGUGUGUGUGUGAGUGCGCGCGCGUGUGUGUGUGUUUGUGGUUGCCCCUCGUGUUCUUCUUGGUGUUGCAUCCAACUCUUGUUGCAUUCAAUUUUGUUGAUGCGUUUGGGCCAUUGUGUAUUGGUAGUUGGU